CGCCGUAACACUGCUACACACUGUGCUGUUCGGAUCGUAAUUUCUGAAAGUUUAUAUAACAAGUUAUGAUUUAUACUGAAGCAAAAAUAUCAAGAAGAAGGAAUCCAGGAGCUGUAGACACUGCACCGGCCUGGUCAUGUCGUCAGAAGUGAAGUGGCCGUUCCCUGCGCGGCCCGGCAGGCUGUGGAACACCGCCAGCACACUCACACUGGCGGCGGUCGGCGGCUUCAGCAAGUUAAUGAUGAGAGUACUGAACGAUGUCCACGUGUACAACUUUGCUGUCCUGACAGAAGCAGUGGAGAGACGCCACCCUGCACAGCCACUCAUCACUGUCAGUAACCACGCAUGUUGUAUGGAUGAUCCGCUGAUAUGGGGCAUCCUGAAAUGGAGGUAUCUAUGUAGCAGGAAGCAGGUCAGAUGGACUCUUGCAGCUGAAGAUAUCUGCUUCACUAAUAGACUUCAUGCCAUGUUCUUCUGUCUUGGUCAGACCAUACCUGUACAGAGAGGGGCAGGUGUGUACCAGAGAGGAGUAGAUUUUAUGGUGGAACAGCUGAACAAGGGAAGAUGGGUACACAUGUUUCCAGAGGGGAAGGUGAAUAUGACGCAGGAGAUGAUAAGACUGAAGUGGGGUGUGGGCAGGCUAAUUGAAGAAUGUCAGCAAACACCCAUCGUCAUACCUAUUUGGCAUGUUGGUAUGGAUUCUGUCUUACCAAAUGUGAAGCCUUAUAUCCCCAGGGCUGGAAAGAGGGUGACAGUGUUGGUAGGUCAGCCAUUCCAGCUCCACAGUAUUCUUACACAACUCAGGAAGGACCAAAAAUCACCUAUGGAGAAACGUAAGGUCCUGACUGACCACAUUCAGGACCAGUUUGUGAGGUUGAAGGCUGAGACGGAGACUCUACAUUACCAGACUGUAGACAGCUGAUGAUGGCUUGUAAAGGACUAUAUGUAACUAUUACACCUGCCAAUGUUUGAGAGGAACUUCAAAAUCACACAGGAGCUGUUUAUCAAGCUGUGAAACUACUGCCCAUAUCAUCUGCUUGUGAAAAUACAUGUAUGUCAUGGAACUGUACAAUGUGUUUUAUGUAUUAACAAUUAUAUGUCAAAACAGAACAUCCUGGAAAAGGCUGUCUACAGCCACCAUGUAUCAGCAUCUGAUGAUGGCAAAUAAUCACAUGUAUAUGAACAUACACAAGAGUACUGGUAGGACUUCUAAUACUAAUCCAAAACAUGGGUUCUGGAACUCCUUUGUGAUGUUGAUUACAUGUCAUAUGAAUAUUCAUUGAAUAUACUUGGACUUUGUUGGGGGACACAGGGUGACUUCCAGCCAGAAGACAUUGCUGACCUGGUGACAGAUCGUCACUUGUGGAAAACAACCAGUGGUCGACCGCACUGCACCCGGACAAUGAUGAUGAUACUGAAAUAGAACGGUCGAAUUUUAAGAAAAAUGUUUUUUUUUAAUUCAUAGUUUGAUUUAUAGUUUGGGGAUGUUACACCUGUAUUUCUUUUGUGUAUUUGGAAUUUUAAAAUAUUCUUUGAUCAAUAAAUACCGUCAGUCUAGUA